ACUACGACAGGCCCACUGGCCCAGCCACACCUCGUCCCCAUGUUACAGAGUCUGGAUAUGCAAUAAUCAAAGUGACUAAACACAAAAACAACUUAAGAAAAGAUCAAAGUGUGGUCUCCCAAUUAUCUUUCAUCGAAUUACCUAUAACAAGUCUUCUUGAUUGUGCCUUACUCAAAUAGAAUUUCUGAAUCCAAUCCAGUCAGCUAGCGUUGUUCGUCUAUUUUCUCAAUCCCUAAUUACUUUUCUUUCUUCAAUUUAGCAUAGCAGAGUUCCUAAUGGCUGCAGAAUCAGCACUUCCAAGAGAGCCUAUAACUGAAUCAGCACGAGUAGAAGAUGAUGUCAUGGUUGCUCCGUCUUCCACUUCAACUACUGCCUACAACUUACAGAAAAAAUUCCGACGAUCAAGAACUGCUCCUGCCAUGGUGUCCAUGAACGACCUACACACUCAAUCUGUUUACUUUGGCCCUACUUCUUCUCUCGUCAGACAGGCCGCUUUUCUGCUCAUUAUUUACCUCUCUCUUGGUGUAGUCGUCUAUUCCUUCAACCGUGACCACUUCUCUGGAGUUGAGACCCACCCUGUUGUUGACGCUUUUUACUUCUGUAUCGUCACUAUGUGUACCAUUGGCUACGGUGAUAUUGCUCCAGUUACUCCUUUCACCAAACUCUUUGCUUGUCUCUUUGUGCUUGUGGGUUUUGGUUUCAUCGACAUUUUGCUUAGUGGGGUCGUCAAUUACGUACUUGACUUGCAGGAGAACUUGAUAUUGACCGGCAGGCAACGACAAUUAGCUAGCCACGUCGACCAGGGGCGUGGCGGAUUUAUGGAUUGCAUAGUCGAUGUAGCCAAGGGAAGAAUGAGAAUCAGAUUGAAAGUGGGUUUGGCUCUGGGUGCUGUGCUUUUGUGCAUCGGGUUGGGGUCACUGGUGUUGUAUUUCCAGGAGAAUCUGGAUUGGAUAGAUUCAGUUUACUUGUCGGUAAUGUCUGUAACGACUGUUGGAUAUGGUGAUAGGGCUUUCAAGACUCUGCCUGGAAGGUUGUUCGCUUCAAUUUGGCUUUUAUUUUCCACACUUGCGGUGGCACGGGCUUUCUUGUAUUUGGCAGAGGCAAGGAUUGACAAAAGGCACAGGAGAAUUGCCAACUGGGUAUUGCAGCGUGAAAUCACCAUUGAAGAUCUGCUUGCCGCUGACCUUAACAACAAUGGCUUCCUUAGCAAAUCAGAAUAUGUCAUCUAUAAGCUCAAGGAGAUGGGAAAGAUCAGUGAGAAAGAUGUAAUGCAGAUAUGCAAUCAGUUCAACAAGCUUGACGAAAACAACUGUGGAAAGAUAACAUUACCCAGACUCCUGCAGAGUCAUUUAUAGCAAAAAUUCUUUGGCCACCAUGCAGUAUCUGCUAAUUUUCAAGAAAAAGGAAGCAAACGAAGUCUUUCCUUCUGACUAUGAGGUCUCAUGUUUAAAUCCCAGCUGUGGAAAAGCACUAGGGAUUUCUUCCCAUAUGUCUAAGCCUUAGUGAGCAGAGUUACCUGGUACCUGUGCUCAGGAGGUAGCAGGUGUGCAGUGAAAUUUGUUGAGGUGCGCAAGUUGGUCCAAACACCACUAUUAUUUAUUAAAAAAAAAAAGAGUAGAUAGUUUCCUUAUAAAUUGGUUGGGUUGUCAUGUCCUCUCGUCAAAUGAAUGUCAGCUGACUGACAACUUGAAUGUUGUGGCAAAUAUUGCAUUGGAUAUGCCCUCUUUUUCAUGCUUGUUCUGAUCUGUCUAUUGAAACUUUUCUUUUAGGUGUAGGAUAUAACAUAGCUGAUUUUCAAUAACAUCUUGUCUCUUUUGCUGCUGGAA